AACAGACUUGCUGUUUAGCUCUACCCUUUACGUCUGUCUUGGUAGUUUUGGUCUUUUCCAUUGGCUUGCUCUUUCGCUGAGCACCUCAACCUGAAUUGAGACCUGAAAAUGGCCAUCCGCCCAGCAUCAAGGCCGAAGAUCGUCAAGAAGAGGACGAAACAGUUUAUUCGUCAUCAGAGCGAUCGUUAUGACAAGCUCAAGAGGAACUGGCGUAGGCCUAAGGGUAUUGACAACAGAGUGCGAAGGAAGUUCAAGGGACAGUACCUGAUGCCCAAGAUUGGUUAUGGUUCUGCCAAAAACACCAAGCACAUGCUUCCCAACGGCUUCAGGAAAGUCGUCAUCCACAACAUCAAGGAGUUGGAAAUCCUUAUGAUGCAGAACCGCAAGUACUGCGCUGAAAUCGGCCAUGCCGUGUCAUCUAAGAAGCGCAAGACUAUCGUCGAGCGUGCUAAGCAGUUGGCCAUCAAGCUCACCAACCCCAACGCCCGCCUCCGCUCCGAGGAGAACGAAUAAAGAUGAAACAUUAUGCGUGUGUGGAAUUGCUUGUGAUAUGUAUUGCUAUUGCGGUUAUAAAUACAGUCCA